AUGGAAAGGAGUAUGGAAAAUUUCAAAAGCAAUAGUCGAUACCCAGAUUGGUCGAUGUUGCCAAAAAAGAUUCUAGAGCACUUGUGGAAGCUAUUGACAAUUCCAGAUCAAGCUAUAGCUAGUAGUGUGUGCAAGAAGUGGCAUUCUUCCACCUCUAACAAAGCCAACAUUUGGGCCCCGGAUAUCCCCUGGCUAAUUACUGACAUUGAAGACACAAGUCCACACUAUAGUCUUUUCAGUAUCUCACUUCAGAAAAUCUACAAGAUGGAAAAACCAUUCCUGCCUUUGGACAAUACCUUCAUUGUCGGCUCCUGCAAGGGUUGGCUAGUCAUUCGAUCAGAAGUUGAAAUAUUUAUUCUAAAUCUCUUCUCAAAAGUUCGAAUUGAUCUUCCUCUUCGAGCUUCACAACAACAUUUACUCAACUCAACCCCUACAGUUUUCACGAUGUCAAUGUGUGCCGAUUUAAAUCCCAUCAUUGUUGCAGGUGUCACUUUUGAUGGAGGCCUGGUUUGGUGCAACAUAAGUGAUAAAGAAUGGAAAGUCUACAUAGGUGAUGAGGAGUAUGGGAAUCUCGCGUUUUACAAUGAUAAGUUAUAUGCCAUUAACCAUGAUGGUGACAAGAUUGAUGUAUUCCGAAUUGAAGAUGAUGAACUCAUUCCUAAGGGUUCUAUGUAUGCUACCUUUCCAACAACAAGUCCAAUAUCAGACAAUUUUGAUAUAUAUUUGGUGGAGUCUAAGGGGAGUCUUUUGGUUGUCAAGAGGCAUUUUGAAAUUUCAAGCAUUCUAGGACAAACUAUUAACUUUGAAAUUUUCAAGGUUCAAGAAAGAAUUGAUGAUGUCUCACCCCACCAGCUAGUCAAAAUGGAAAGCUUGGAAGACCAGGUUUUGUUUGUGAGUGGCUUAUAUUGCGAAUCUCUUCCCGCUAAACAUUGCUCCAUGCUUCAAGAAGACCACAUAUACUUCAUUGGCCACCAUGCAAAGGAUGAUAAGUGUGAGUUGGGAAUCUUUUCGGUUAAUGAGGGGAGUAUGCAUAGGGUGCCACUUACUGACAGUACCCUCAAUUAUCCCUAUUGGCUUUGUCCUAGGUAUGCAUUUGCAUGUAAUUGCAAAUAUCAUGACUCCACAGUGUUAAAACGCAUAAGUGAUUAUGAAACAAAUGUAUAG